UCGGAUAUUUUUGUGUCAGGUAAAGAGUGUUCACCGGGUGUUCACCAGAUACACAGAGACAAAUGGAUCGAUCUUCGACGCGCCAUCGUCUACCAAUAUUCUGGGACUCAGAUAGUGAUACAGAGGAUUCUUCAGUAGGCAAACAGACAGAGGAAACAAGAUCAGGUCAGGAGCAAACGACACCAGAUUUGCCUGCUAUUGAGGAUCUUUUGAGGAAUUGUCAAAAGUACAAAGAUGAAUUGCAGAUGAAAGAAAACCUAAAGGGUGCUGUUGAGGAAUAUAAAACUCUCCUAAAGAAGGCGAAAGAAAUAGAUUGUAAGCUUAAGCAACAAACGGACACCCCUACUACUCCAAAGGAGCUUAGCUCUGUGACUUACAAGAAAAGGAAACAAGCACCGUAGUUGUAUGCCGUUAUAGAUUAUGUAUCCAAAAGUUUUCCAGACUACAGGAGAUGGAGGGAAGCUGUGGCUGAAUUCAUCAUGCUUGCAACAGUAUCUCAGUCAGAGCAAAAAUCAUCACAGAAAGAAAGAUCGGACUUCAAGUCUGGUUAUAAAACCAAAAACAAACCACUGCCGAAGUUGUACAAAAACAACAUUGAGAAGUUGCUGGAUCAGGACUGGGGACCAGACCGUGCCCCGGGGCCCAGUAUACUUAACGACUACCGCCACCUGUUAACUUGUGAAAGUUCCCUAAGAUCAACAUUUCCAGAGGCUGAUAUCUUUGGCCUGGUUGACGCUACGAUUUGGGGACCAGAGGAUGUUCCAUCUGAGUUUAGACAUAAGACAUUGUUUCAUUUUCUGCUCUCCAUCAACCCGAAAGAGUAUGGAGUAGAACCCCCAGAUGCAUGGAGAGACUUUGGAAGACUUGUUUUAGCGGAAAAACAGUUAGAACUCGCAAAAAAAGCUCAGAUGUUGCGGGAGAAAGAAGAGAAGAUUGAACUACUGUCUACAAGGUUGAGCAAACUUGCCAGCCAACAGCGGAUAUUUGAAUACCCGAACAUCGCGGACCUGAGUGACACCCACCGCCCCACAAGACUGGGGGAGAUGUACAGUCAGCUGUUCGAUGACGAGUGGUCAGAGGCAUUCGAGGCUUUUAUAGAUUCGACCAUGGCUAAAGAGGGUGACGAUAACGACUAUUGCAACCCAAAUAUUAUGUCCAUACUACGGACCCUUUUCACGGAAGCCCUCAGCUUCUGUAGAGAAAAGUCCUGUGAACAACUACAGGACCUGGAGAACAAGAUCAAAGAGGCCCUGAAACAGAACACAGCGGACACACCACAGAAUGCACUGGACCAGACAGUAUAUAGACAUUCAAAAGAACUCAGAAAGGCAGGAUCUGAAGAGACUGGCAAAUAUCAGGCUCAUAUAUUUCUCAAAGAAAUGCUUCCCCAAGCGUUACAAGACGAUAAGGUUCUACGGGAUCAGAGGGUCAUUAGUUACGUACGAAAAUGUGUGGAGCUUUGCUGGUUCAUGAAUGUGUGGGAUCCGCCGAUGGAACUAGUGGCUCCUAAAGAAGGCGACACCGUGGACAAAAACCUAUUUUCUUAUUACGAAAGGAAGGGCAAAGUGGUGCAGACUUGUGUAUGGGCGGCGCUUCUGCUCCACAAGGAGGGGGCCUGUGGUGGCCAAGGGCUAUAUCCUCCCAAAACCUAUGUACCUUUUAAGUAG